AUGUCUGCGGUUGAAACAACUUCGCCGCACCUUCGAGUGUCGGCAGCCAAGAUAUCUGGCAAAGCACAACCAGAAUCAACCAGAAUCCAGGCACCAGAGGCUUUGGUCGACGAUCAUUUUUUCUGGACAUACACUGAAGAGCCGCAUCGCUCAAGACGCCAGGCAAUUAUUAAGGCCCAUCCGGAGGUCACCAAACUAUGUGGCCCAGAGCCUCUCACCAAAUGGGUUGUCCUCGGCGUCGUGUCCUUACAACUCACCUGUGCCUACCUCCUCCGCAAUACUUCAAUGCUCGAUUGGCGGUUCCUGGCCACAGCAUACGUGAUCGGAGCGACUUGCAAUCAGAACCUGUUCCUCGCCAUCCAUGAGAUAUCUCACAAUCUGGCAUUCCGGUCCGCCUUUGCCAACCGAUUGCUCGCCAUCUUCGCCAACAUCCCUAUCGGAGUGCCGUACAGUGCAGCCUUCAGACCCUACCACCUGACGCACCACAAAUCCCUCGGCGUAACAGGCCUAGACACCGAUCUCCCCACAGCAGUGGAAGCCUUCCUCCUAGACUCCGUCCUAGGCAAGACUUUCUUCUGCACCUUCCAAAUCCUCUUCUACGCCCUGCGCCCAAUGUUCAUCUACAGCCCUCCCUUCACCCACAUCCACCUCCUGAAUAUAGUCAUCCAAGUAGGCUUCGACUACGGUCUUACCAAAUUAUGCGGCGGCAGCCUCCAGCCAGUGCUAUAUUUCAUAAUGAGCUCAUUCCUCGCCGGUUCCCUGCACCCCUGUGCGGGCCAUUUCAUCGCGGAGCACUACUUCUUCUCGAAUGUGGAGGGCGGCGGCACUGAGUCCUUGACCGAGCUAAAGAACAACGAGAAGUCCAAGGCCCCGCACCCCCUUGACUCCCUGCCUCCACCGGAGACAUACUCGUACUAUGGCCCGCUCAAUAUCCUCACUUACAAUGUCGGAUUGCAUAACGAGCACCACGAUUUCCCUGCUAUCCCCUGGACCAAGUUGUAUAAGCUGCAUGAGAUUGCGAGCGAGUUCUAUGAGCCGCUACCUUGCCACCGGAGCUGGGUUUGGGUUAUUUGGACUUUUAUCUUGGAUAAGAAUGUUGGUCCGUGGUGUCGUGUGAAGCGCGCACAGGGUGGAAAGAUUGUUGGAGGUGGGAAGCAGUGGAAUGGCCGUGCUGGUGAGGCUGCGUCGGCGGGUCCGGCGGGUGAAGAGGGUGAUGGGUGGAAGGAGAGUGAGAUUCAAUGUUAG